GAGCACAAACGUGCUUACCAAUGGCAAUCAAUGCGCUUUACCCCGACAUUCUGGCCCAUAUUCACCAAUAUAGUAAUGGCGAAUAGUACACUAAACCUUUCAACCUAACAUAUCUGAAAAUUUUCAAUCUUUGUUACCAUUUCUGCUCAUUUCACUCCAUCUUGUUUACCGAUUCCAUUCUUUUAACAGACCCAUUUGUUUUUGUACAGUUUUAAAACCCUAUUGUCGUGAUUGUUGCUAUGAACAUUUGAUUUUGAUAGAGAUGAAGAGAUUAAACAGGGUUGAUCCUUCGAAAAAGGAAGAAAACAACUCCGAUUAUCUUCAUCAGGAGGCUGUUAAUAAAUGGGGUGGUCUGAAUCUAAGGAACUUGUUGGGGAUCGUCGUUUUACUUUUGAUGGGUAUCUCUCUUCUGUUUUCAAUUUCUGCGAUUCUUAAGGACUCACCUAGUGAUAGAAUGUGGGCUUUUGCUGAAGCUAGGGUUCUUGAAGUACAUACAAAAGAAGGUCGAGUGAAUGAUUUAUCUCGGAAAAUUGACAUCCCUAAAGAUUACUUACUUGACGGCCUUUUAUCUCCCGAUUUCAACAAAAGGUCUUGUCUUAGUAGAUACCAAUCAACGUUAUAUGGUAAAGGGUUGAGUCAUAAACCAUCCUCUUACCUUAUUUCAAAACUUCGCAAAUAUGAAUCUCUCCACAAAAGAUGCGGCCCAUACACAAAAUCUUACAACGAAACAAUCAAACGCCUCCAAUCCAGCCAAGAUUUCACCUCUUCCGGCCCUUCAGACUGUAACUAUUUAGUAUGGAUUUCGUUUAGUGGUUUGGGAAAUAGAAUACUUACUCUAACUUCUGCAUUUCUCUACGCUCUACUCACAAAUCGAGUCCUACUUGUCGAUAGAGGAGCAGACAUACCCGACCUCUUCUGCGAACCCUUUCCUGAAACCUCAUGGCUACUUCCUAAGGAUUCUCUUCUGGGUAAUAAUGGUUUCGAUAGUUUUAAUCAAAAGUCACCUCAAAGUUAUGGAAAUAUGCUGAAGAAAGGUGUUGUUUUGAAUCAGUCUUCUGUCUAUGUACAUUUGGUACAUGAUUAUGACGAUCAAGACAAACUAUUCUUCUGUGAUCAAGAUCAGAUGUCGCUAAAUGUUGUGCCUCUGUUGAUUAUGAAGACGGAUAAUUACUUUGUUCCAUCUCUUUUCUUGAUCCCGUCUUUCGAGCGAGAACUCGACCGUCUCUUUCCGGUAAAGGAAACCGUCUUCCACUUCUUGGGCAGGUAUUUGUUCCACCCAACGAAUAAAGUAUGGGGGUUUAUUACUAGAUACCAUCGUGCUUACUUGGCGAAAGCGGAUCAGAAACUCGGAAUUCAAAUAAGAGUGUUUGAUUCUGGCAAUGGCCCGUUUCAACACGUUUUAGACCAGAUCUUGUCUUGUACAAGGAAGCAGAAUCUCCUUCCCAAUAUGAUCAGUACAGAAGAAGAAGAAGAACACGCCUCUAACCCAAAGACGAAAGCAGUGUUGAUUACUUCUUUAAGUUCUGGGUAUUCUGAACGAAUGAGAGACGUUUACUGGGAAAACCCGACUAGUAAUGGAGAGAUUGUUGGUGUUUUUCAGCCUAGCCACGAAGAAUAUCAACAAACAGAGAAGCAAACACACAAUGUGAAGGCAUGGGCAGAGAUGUAUUUGCUGAGUUUGAUGGAUGAGUUAGUGACGAGUUCAUGGUCUACAUUUGGUUAUGUUGCUCAGGGGCUUGGAGGGAUUAGACCUUGGAUCUUGUACAAGCCAGAGAAUCGAACGACUCCAGAUCCUCCAUGUCAGCGUGCGGUUUCGAUGGAACCUUGUUUUCACGCCCCUGCUUUCUACGAUUGUAAGAAGAAAGUGGGUGCGGAUACAGGUGCUAUGGUGGCUCAUGUGAGACACUGUGAAGAUAUGAGCUGGGGUCUUAAGCUGGUUGAUCCUCCUGCACAUUGAAAUUUUAGAAUUGGUAUUUGUUGAGUCUUUCUAAAGAUGGAGAAUAUAUUCGAAAACUCAAUCCAAUGUAAAGGAUUACCAAUGGGAGAUAAAGAGCUGACAUUCAAAAGUCUCCAGUAAUUUUGUUACUUCAACUCAUUUGUUAGGUUUGGUUGGGUUCUCCUUUUUUUCCGAUUUCGUUUCAGUUCAAUUGUUAAAUCCAAGAGACAAGUGUCCUGCUCCUUCAUCAAAUGUCUUCAGAAUUGAAAAGUUGCAGUGAUCCUUCAUGUGGAUUAUAAGAUCUCUUGGAUCAAGCUUAUUGAACAUGGAAAAGGGAAUCAGAUGUCCUUUUGGAAUUUUUUUGUGGGUUUCUGUGGCUUGACUUAGCAAACUGUUCGAGCUGCAACUCUUGAUCAUAUUGUGAUUAAACAACAUUUUAUUGUUUUGAAUCCUCAUUUUCUAUUGUGAUUGUC